AUGGAUUCUAACAAGCCUCUAAAAGGACCCCACCCAGGUCUCGAGGCUAAUCUGCCAUCUUCCGCGCAACGACCCCGUCAAGACCCCCCGCCAACCUCCGAUGGAAAUGCCACCAGGCAACGUCGCGUUUCCGCCAGCAAGCCCGCAGUGCGCCAAAGUUUGUACCAUACGCCUUCCGCCGGCUCUCUAAACAACCAGACAUCCAACGAUUCAGUGACCAGAGAAGAUUUCGAGCGGUGGCUGAAGCAGGGCGAGGAGGAAUCGCGGAAUAACCUCUUCAGCCAAGUGUACGAGUGGUUGUCGCGCGAAAAGUCGAAACGCAAACAGUCCUCGAAGAAGCCUAGCGGCUCGGUAAACGGCUCUGCGGUUGCCGGUGAUAACGAGGGAGACGAAAAUAAUAAUAAUAGUAAUGGUGACGGUGUUCCGUUGACCAGAACCGUCUCGCAGGGCUCCGACACCGCCCUUGCGCUGGAUGGACUGGAAAAGAUCCUCCUACAUUAUGCUUCUCGCUACGAUAGCCGGCCGACAUCUACUUGCUCCUCUCGCCGAUCUACGCGCCGGCGUCCUCCGCUGAAGGGACUGCGGAGGGGCUCCGCUUCAGAGUCGGAUUAUGAACUCGACCAAGUUACUCCUGCUGUAGAUGCAGUUUUGGACAACUCUAAGACUCUGUCUUAUACCGGUGGAGGCGCGGAGGGUGAGGAGGGAGAUGGAGAUGCUGCAAGUGUCAGGCGAGCCAAAGACCGAGAAGCUUGGGUUAUCUUCAAGAGCGAACUUCUCCGCUUGACACACACGCUGGAGUUGAAGGGCUGGCGGAAGCUCCCAAUGGAAUCGGCCGCUGAGAUCGGUGUCGUUCGACUUAGCGGUGCUUUGACCAAUGCUGUUUACAAAGUUGCUCCUCCGCAAAACAUUCCCCCGCCUAAAGCGGAGGACGGAUCAUACACCUUGGUUCCUAGAAAACCUCCUCCGAAACUCUUGCUGCGUAUUUAUGGUCCACAGGUGGACCAUCUCAUUGAUCGAGAGAAGGAGCUCCAGAUUCUACGACGGUUGUGUCGGAAGAAUAUUGGACCUAAAGUGCUAGGGACAUUCAACAACGGCCGAUUUGAGGAAUAUUUGGAUGCCCGUCCGCUCACGCCAGUGGAGCUCCGUGAGCCGUCAACAAUGAAGCAGAUCGCGAAGCGCAUGCGCGAACUCCACGAAGGCAUUGAACUGCAGGAAGAGGAGAGAGAAAACGGUCCGAGGGUCUUCCACAACUGGGACAAGUGGGUUGAUCGCUGUGAGCAGGUGAUUAACUGGCUGGACAAAGAGAUCGAGUCUCCGCAGAAUGAGACCAAAGCGGCGUUCGAACCCUGGCGUCGGCGCGGUUAUGUCUGUGGUGUUCCGUGGCCCAAGUUCCGGAAUGCUAUUGACGAAUACCGUAAAUGGCUGGUUACCAACAGUGGUGGCUCACAGGAGAUUAAACGGCAGCUUGUGUUUGCCCAUAACGACACGCAAUACGGUAACCUGCUGCGUAUGGAGCCUAGUCAGCAGUCUCCGCUUCUCCUCCCGGAAAACGAGCAUAAACAACUGGUCGUCAUCGACUUCGAGUAUGCCUCAGCGAACACACCUGGACUUGAGUUCGCCAACCACUUCACCGAAUGGUGCUACAACUACCACGACGCCGAAAGGUCCUGGGCCUGCGAUAACCUGAACUACCCUACCCCCGAACAACAACACCAAUUCAUCACCGCAUACCUCACCCACAAACCCGGGCUAGGCAGCCGUUCCUCCCCCUCAAUCACCCCUCUCAUGCGCCCAGCCUCCUCAUGCCCUCUCACAAUGACACCCCUCGACCUCAACGCAAGCCCCGACCUCGCCCCCCAGCGCCUGGUGGACAGCAUCGAACGCACACACCAGGACUCCCUCGAGGCCGAAACCCAGUUCCUCAUGCGCCAGACGCACCUCUGGCGUGUCCUCAACUCCGCGCAGUGGGUGGCUUGGGGUAUCGUCCAGGCCAAGGUACCUGGGAUGGACGACGACGACAACAACGAGGACGAAGAUAUCCCAACCCCUACGUCCGCGACGGCGCCCGCGCCCCCCAAACCCCCGGUCGACAGCGACGUGGACGAGUCCGACGAAUUCGAUUACCUUGCCUACGCACAGGACCGGGCUCUAUUCUUCUGGGCGGACCUGGUGGCCUUGGGAAUCGUCCAGAGGGACCAGCUCCCGCAGACGUUGCUGGAGGGGAUCGAAGGAAGGAUGAUUAACUAUUAA